CAAUUUAACCACGUGUGGAAGAAGUGGGACAUACAAAUUAAACCAAGACGUCAAAAUGGUUAUAACACUGAAAAAAGUUUUAAUAAGUGAUGAAAUUGAUGAAAAAUGUGUGCAUAUAUUGCAGAAAAAAGGGAUCGAAGUGACGAAAAACACAAAAUUAUCUAAAGAACAAUUAAUUAAGGAAAUAGCGAAAUAUGAUGGUUUAAUUGUCAGAUCAGCAACGAAAGUAACAGCAGAUGUCAUCGCUGCCGCUAGUAACUUGAAGAUUAUUGGGCGAGCUGGUACUGGUGUUGAUAAUAUCGACUGUAAUGCUGCAACACAGAGAGGAAUUAUUGUCAUGAAUACUCCAGGUGGUAAUACAUUAAGUGCAGCAGAGCAUACAUGUGCUCUUAUAGUAACCAUGUCUAGGGAUAUACCAAAUGCAGCUCAGUCAAUGAAAGAAGGUAGAUGGGACAGAAAGAAAUAUAUGGGAAAUGAAUUGAAUGGUAAAACACUGGCUAUUGUUGGUCUAGGUAGAAUAGGUAAAGAAGUAGCAUUAAGAAUGCAGUCAUUCGGUAUGAAGACAAUUGGAUAUGAUCCUAUUAUUGGUGGUGAUGUCAGUUCUACAUAUAACGUAGAUUGGUUACCAUUAGAGGAGUUAUGGCCCUUGGCAGAUUAUAUUACUGUUCAUACACCACUUAUACCCCAAACUAAAAAUUUAAUAAAUGAAGAAGUAUUUAAUAAAUGUAAACGUGGUGUACGUGUUGUAAACUGUGCUAGAGGAGGUAUAAUCGAUGAAGAAGGUUUAUAUCGUAGUUUAGAAUCUGGACAAUGUGGUGGAGCAGGAUUAGAUGUGUUUGUACAGGAACCCCCCACUGAUUAUAAAUUAGCUCAACACCUACGGGUAAUAGCCACACCCCAUUUAGGUGCCAGUACACAUGAGGCUCAGAGUCGUGUUGCUGUAGAAAUAGCUGAACAAUUUAUAGAUUUAAUGGAAGGUGUUAAAUUAUUUGGUGCUAUCAAUGCCCCAGCUUUAACCAAUGCUUUAAGUAGUGAAACCCAACCUUGGGUUCAAUUGGCGGCAGGUUUAGGGUCAUUAGCAUCAGCCGUAUCACAAGAAGCCACACCUGAUAAUAUUAAACUUACAGCUUACGGUUCUGAACUCUCAAAUGGAGGAUCUUAUCUGCCAGCUGCAUUCCUGUCAGGACUUUUACAAUCAAGAGCAGUGGGAGACAAUGGUGUAAACUUUAACCUUGUUAACUCACCUGUUGUAGCUAAAGAAAAAGGUGUACAGGUUUCAUUUACUGCUGAAAAUAAAUCUCCAUUAUCGUUUGACAAUCUGAUCUCUGUGACAGUUGGCAGUGGCAACCAGUCAGUAGUAUUAUCGGGAUCAAUAUCUGGAACAUCUCCAGUCCUUGUCCAAAUACAGAACUCAACCUUCCCAAUACCCCCUGCUUUACAAGGACCAGUUAUUGUAUAUAGUGCUGGUAAUGAUCAAGAAGUGCUUCCUAAACUCACAGGGCAAUUACUGAAAGCUGGUGCUCAAAUAUCGAGUUUGUCUUCAUCAACACCUAAUGGUUGUACGUGGGGUGUGGUGAACCUCGUCUCACCACUGUCUAGCAACCUAGACUCAAAAACAACUGGUGUUAAUUCAUUUCUACAGCUCAUUAUUUAAAUGUUUCAUCUUUUAUAUUUGUGGUACAAGAGUGAUUACAGAAUCAAAUUUUUAACAACAUAAGUUUGAUACUAUAAAAUCUUAUCUUAUCUUAUACCAGGACCAAAUUCCAAAAAGCUGAACUAAAAUAAUUUAAGGAUUCAGAAUUUUCAUUGACUUAGCUUUAGUUAUUUAUAUAGCCCCAAAAAUUCAACUGGGAGCUGCUCUUAGGGACUUUAUAAAUAAUUAUAGCAAGGAUUAAACAUUAAUCCAUUGAAGUGCCAAUUAUAGGGGCUGCAUUGCUAGAAUAUUUUAGUUUAAGUAUAUGUUAAAAAAAAGUUCAGUCACGUUGCCUUUACAAACUAAUUCAACUGAAUUAUUAAGUUUUAGUUUCAAGUUUAUGGGUAAUUCCCAAAUUUUACUGUUUUAUUGUAGUUUUUGUGAAUUUUAAAUUUGAAUACUAUUAAUAUUAGUGCUUCUAUAAAAUUGUAUUAAAAAUAAUAUAUUUUUUUAUGAGAUUGUUUUUGUCAUUUUAAAAUAAAUUUUUAACAUUUCUGAGAAGUAAAGAGGCCCACUAAAAUUUAUUUAUAUUAUAUGUUGGAUUUUUGUUUUACCUGUAUGUAAUUUUAUGAAUAUUAUUUUCAAAAUACUCUUUCCUGAUUAUAACCCAUUAGUUGAUGCAUUCUGCAUGUAAUUUUAAAAUACUCUUUAUCAUAUUCUAGCCGUACCCUGGUCCGCUCUCAUUAGAACUAUGUACCCCUGGUAAGUCAGCCUAGGCUAUUUCUAUUGUAUGUAUGUUGUGGCCAAACUUAAGAUUUGAUUGGCUUUAGAUAGAAAGAACCACAAGAGAUUGUUAUAAAAAUGUUUACAUGGCAUUUUGUCAAAUAUAUCUUGACUAUUACUAAGGGCAGAUAACUGAAGCAGACAAAGGGGUAUGCCAAGCUACAAUUGAUAUAGUGUUUAGCAAAAUUAAACACCUAGGUGUAUUACAGACUUACCAAAAAAGUGACUCAAUAUUAUUUAAAUAUUGUGCAAUAAACUGAUUAUAUAUACUUUGUUCAUCCAAUGUUCACUUCACUUGAAAAUGCAUAAUAGAUUUAUUUUUACAAUCUUCUAUGCUGCAUGAGAUUAAUUUAACUGCAGAGUAUUAUUUAUUUAAAACUGGAUAAGACAUUGUCUUGCCUUGUUACAAGUAUUAAUUUAAAGCUAGACUUUGAUAAUGGCUUUGUUCAAUUGAUGGGCGAUAUAAAAAGACCGUCUCAGACAACAUCUAACUCCAGUAUUUCUGAAGAAAAAAAAUUAGCCGACAUGAAAUUGUAAUCUAAUUUUAACUUGAUUUUAUGUUUAUAGUCUCACUUGUGCCUUUAAAGAAUUUAAUAUUGGAAUUCAGCAUUACAUGUCACAGUUAUAAAUUUAAUUUUUCAUGUUUAAAGAGCUUAUCAUGACAGAUUUUUAUACCGGCAGUUAUUUGUAUGAAGUUCAAGGUAGUUAUUGAUAAUAAAAACAAACAAUGUUAUUACUAUGCAAAAACUGGUUGUUGUGAUUGAAAACCUUAUCUACUAAUUAGGAUCUAUAUAUUACUUGCACUUGCACUAUUUUGUUUUAAAAGUCUCUCAUUGUCAUUGGAGUGAUUUUUAUAGCCCACAUUGAAAUCUGGUCUUUAUUGUUGUUGCUCCCUCCGUCAUCCACAAGUUGAUAUUCAAAUGACUUGAAAUUUAUACACAGUGGUUAAGAUCAAGAAAGGAAGAAGACUAUUGAUUUUCAACUAUUUCCGAUAAUUACUGUCACAGAGUUAUGACCCUUGAUCACUUUGAAAUAUCUUGUGGAGGCUCUAGAGGCUAAAGUUAAUAUCUGAGUGACUUUAGAUUUAUACAGUGUUUCAGAAGCCUGUUGAUUUUCAAUGAUUUCCGAUAAUUACUGCCAGAGUUGUGGCCCUUGACCUCUUUUGAAAAAUCAUGUUGAUGCUCUAGGGACUAAAGUUAAUAUUCAAGUAUGUACACAUUGUUUAAGGUCACGAGACGAAAAAGCCUAUUUUCAACAAUUUCUAAUGAUUACUGCCCUUGGCCUCUUUGAGAAAUCUUUCGCUCUACCUACCAAAGUUAUCACCCAAUUGACUUUAAAUUCACACACAGCAUUUAAUGUUGUGAGCGGAAGAAGCUGAUAUUCAAUAAUUACUGCCAGAGUUAUAGCCCUUGACCUCUUUGAAUUUUCUGCUACAGACCAAAGUUAUCAUCCGAUUGACUUUAAAUUUAACCAUAGUGUUUAUGGUACUGAGGUGACAAAGCUUAUUGAUUUUUCUUUAACAGUUUCUGAUAAUUAUUGCUCGAGUUAUGGCCCUGGAUGAUUUUCGACAGCUUGAACAGCUAAACUCAUGAUAUUAAACAUUUUUUAUACUAAACAUUAGCAUGUGACAGAACUAAAAGUCAAACAAUUCUAAUGAUUUCUGAUUAUUACUUACAUGGGUUGUUACUCUUUAUCAGAUUUUAGUGUUUUGUAAAUGUUUUCAUUACCAACAAAAGAAAAAAUAUGUGACACCCCUUGUUGACUGUUUGGAUGAUUUGGCUGCUAUAGGCAUGUGUUUAGUUGUCUGGCAACCUAUCUUUAACCCCUU